CCUCCUCCCGUCCGCGCCGCCCCAUCCCCAUCCGAGCGUUCCCGAGCAGCGAAGAAGAAGAAGAGUGGUAUUGUUGGUAGUAGCAUACAUACAAUGUGGGAAAAGGCUGCAAAAACAAGGAAAAUGAAUGAAUCAUCCACACCGAAUCGGACAACAAUCGCAUCUAGUGUUGAGAGCAAUUUGCAAAUGGUUUUAUGGCAAGCACCGGAGAGUAGAGAAGAAACCUCAACACCUCAUGUAGAAGUAGAAGAUGAUGAAUCUAUAGAUGAAGAUGAUGAAAUGAUGCAAGCAGAUUUAGAGGCACUCGAACAUGAUCCUGGAAAGUGGAUUCCCAUCUCUAUGUAUGAUGUCAAUGAUCAAGAUAGAGUAAGAAGAAGAUUUAUUGAGAUGGGGCCAUGUCAACCAAAGAAUCAUAAAUUUGAGUUUACAAAUAAAGGUGGAAGAGAGCGUCGCUUUUCCGCUGUUUGGUUUAAAGACUUUCCAUGGAUUGAGUAUAGUGUGGAAAAAGAAAGAGCUUUUUGCUUUGUUUGCUAUUUAUUCAAGGAUAAAACAAGAUGUCCCGGUGGAGAUGCUUUUGUGAAGAAGGGAUUUAAUAACUGGAACAUGAAGAAGAGAUUGAAGAAACAUGAAGGUGAGGUUAGUAGUGCUCAUGCUGAAGCUCAAGAGAAGUAUGAUAGGUUCAAUUCACCACAAACAUCAAUUCGGGAGUCUAUUGCUUCAAACACCACACAAUACAAGGCUUUGUAUAAACAGCGUUUGACAUGGACACUCAAGUGUGUGAGAUAUCUGUUGCACCAAGGCUUGGCAUUUAGAGGACAUGAUGAAAGUGAAGACUCACUAAACAAAGGAAAUUUUCUUGAGCUUCUAAAUUGGCUAGCAGGAAAUUUUGAAGAGGUUAACAGAGUUGUUCUCAAGAAUGCUCCACGGAACUGCAGGAUGAUUCACCAUGAUAUACAACAAGAGGUGAUAGAAUGUUGUGCAAAAGAGACUACUAAACUACUCAUUGAAGAACUUGAUGGUGGUCAUUUUUCAAUACUUGCAGAUGAGUCUAGUGAUGUGUAUCAGAAUGAGCAGUUGGCUGUUUGCUUGCGUUACAUUGAUAAGAAAGGAAGGGCGGUUGAAAGAUUCCUUGGUCUUUCUCAUGUUGAAGAUACUACCUCUUUGACACUGAAAACCGCAAUUCAGAAAAUGCUUAUGAAUUACAAUUUGACCUUUGCAAUGGUGCGUGGGCAAGGAUAUGAUGGAGCUAGUAACAUGAAAGGUAAUGCUAAUGGCCUGAAAAAACUAAUUAUGGAUGAGUCCCCUUCUGCCUAUUAUGUUCAUUGUUUUGCCCAUCAACUACAGUUAACUCUUGUUGCUGUUGCAAAGGAGAGUGGUGAUUGUACUUGGUUCUUUCAGCAGCUUGCACACUUGUUAAAUGCUCUUAGCAUGUCUUGUAAAAAGAUGAGAUUGCUUCGGAUAGCACAGGCUGAAGAACUCAUUGCUUCAUUGGAAUUGGAAGAAGUAGAAACAGGGAGUGGGCUGAAUCAGGAAAUGGGUUUGGGAAGGCCAUGUGAUACACGUUGGGGCUCUCACUUCAAAACUGUGAACCAUGUCAUCUCUAUGUAUGGUGCACUACGACGAGUCCUUCGCAAGAUUGGAGACGAGUACAAUAGUGCGGAGGCACAAGCGGCUCUAACCAUAGAGACAACAUUUCUAUCAUUUGAGUUUGUUUUCAUGGCACACUUGAUGCAAGAAAUAUUUGGAUACACAGAUGAUUUGAGUAGAGCUUUGCAAAAGCAAGAUGAAGAUAUUGUUCAUGCUAUUCAGGUUCUCGAUGACACAAAGUUCUACUUGGGGGCUUUGCGGUCUGAUGCCGGAUGGGAUGAUUUUCUCACAAAGGUCACAUCUUUUUGUACAAAGCAUAAGAUCAAAGUUGUUGAUAUGGAGGGUCCUUACUUCCCCGUUGGCCGGCCUAGAAGGGGUGUAUGCAAUGGUGUGACCAAUUACCAUCGCUUCAAGGUAGAUAUGUUUGUGUCUGUCAUUGAUAUGCAAAUUGGUGAGCUAAAUGGCAGAUUUGAUGAGGUAAACACAGAGCUACUUAUUUGCAUGGCAUCAUUUAGUCCACUUCAUCUAUUUGCUGCUUAUGAUCAAGAGAAGUUGGUUAAGCUUGCUACAAAGUUUUAUGCUUCUGAUUUUACAAGAGAUGAACUAGCAAGGCUUCCAUGGCAACUAAACAUGUAUGUUGCUAAUUUGCGUAGAGAUGAAAGAUUUCAAAACUUGAAAAAUCUGUCUGAGCUAUCAGUUAUGCUUGUCAAGACAAAGAAGCAUGAACAAUAUCAUAUUGUUUACAAGCUUCUUAAGUUGGUAUUGAUUCUACCAGUAGCCACUGCUAGUGUUGAAAGAAUGUUCUCUUCAAUGAGCUAUUUGAAGAAUAAGCUAAGGAACAAAAUGGGUGAUGACUAUUUGAACUAUUGUAUGGUUACAUUUGUUGAGAGAGAUUUCUUCAGGCAAGUAAAGGAUGAGGAUAUCAUCAAUCUCUUCCAAAAAGGCAAGCGCAAAGUUAUAAUGUAAGAUGGAACAUCAUCACUUUAUCAAUAAAAAGGUACCUAUGUAUUCAUGUCGUUAUCGGCUUAUAAAUUGAAAUAUUGCUAUUGUUGUCAUGCUA